CUUUAAUUUGAUCUUAGAUGCGAAGAAUAAAGAAUGGACAAAAACUGUGUUUUCAUUUUUUAAUUUUAAAAUUUUAUAUAUGGCGUAGAGUCAAUUUAGAAGAAAACAUCUUUAAAAAAAAAUCUAAAUUUACAAAGAUAAAAAUGCCUGACAAAGAGUUUGAUCCUUUGUUGAUUAAAAAUGAAGAUUACUCCAAUUCGUUUAAAGUAUCAAAUAUCAAAGUUGUAAAAGUUGAUGAUGGUUACAAUAAGCCAUCUUUUAAAAAUAAGAAACAAUCUCUGAUUAUCAUGGCUGUUAUAUGCACAAUAUUCUUUGCCUCUUUUAGUGCAUUUGCCAUUGUAGCACCAUUUCUACCAAUAGAGGCAAAAAAUACUAAAACAAGUUUAGCUUGGACUGGGCGCAUUCUCUCUUGUUUUCCUCUCAUAUCUUUUCUUGUGUCUCCUCUGGCGGGAAAAAUUGUUAGCAUUCCAAAGGUUGGGCCGAAGCGUGCUUUAGUUUUUGGGUGUGGUUUAGAAGGAUGUUGUGAAAUAUUAUUUGGACUUGCUUACCUUAUGCCAACAAGUACAACCUUUGUAGUAUAUUGUUUGGUAUUAAGAUCAAUUACAGCUAUUGGUAGUUCUUUUACUUUAACGGCAUCUUUGGCUAUUAUAAGCGAAGUAUUUAAGAAAAAUAGAGCAUUAGCAUUUUUUAACCCAAGAUAUGUAAUAAUUCUGGGACAAUUGUUAAUGGGAAUUGUGUUUUUACUUUUUGGACCAUCUCCAAUAUUAUAUUCAAGUAUACCAAGUAACAUGACAUUAUUGAGUGUUUCUCUGGCUCUACAAGGCAUUUUUUUGUCAUUUGCAAAUAUUCCAAUACUCAGUGACAUGCAUAAUUCAGUGAAAAAUGCUGGAAUGAAUGUUUCUUCAGAAACAAGCGCUUUACUUUCUGGACUUUUUGUGGCUUUUAUAUCUCUUGGAAAUACAGUUGGACCUAUUUUUGGAACGAACUUAACUGAGAAAUAUGGUUUCUCCUGGGCAACAUCAGUCAUGUCUUUCAUUAUAUUUGGUGUGAUGAUAAUCUUGAUGUUGGGUACGCUAAUUGAGAACAGAAUAAAUAAAAGACUUGAGCAAAAAAAUGGUGGAUCAAAAUGUGAAUACGUUGCAUUAAAAGUUAAAAGGAUUUGGUCGAAGUUUCGUGCGUAUCAAAAUAGAAAUUGUUUUUUGAAAUAAAAAGAAUAUAGGUAGAAUUAGGUAAAGAAGAAUGGACACGAGUUCUCCGCAAUAUUAUUAAACACUAUUGUAACUUUGCUAUUUAGAUAAAAUAUAUCUAAUUUUA